CUAUCCAUCUUGUAGUGGGUCAUUAGCUCCUGGUUUAGCUGCAGAUAUGCAUUUUCUAUCAGACGUAAUAGCCUUCGUGGGACCGGCUUGUCUUUUCGCACUGGAACCAGUUGCAAGGCUUGCUGCCUAUUGGAAUACACCGAUCAUAACUGGAAUGGGGGAUCAACCUCCAUCGGAAGGCGAAAUUUCGGUUACAUCGAGAAUCCUCAGGAGGUAUAAUGCGAAAAACAAAAGUAAUACUGCGGGAAUAUUGAACGAUAAAAGCAAAUAUCCCACUUUGACAAGAAUGUCCUACUGCCAAUGUAGAUUGACGAAAGUGUUUGCCAGUAUAUUCAAACAAUUUUCUUGGAAACAUAUAGCUCUGAUUUUGGAUAGAUCGGACCUUUUUUCACUCACUGUAGGAAAAAUUCUAGAGCAAGGUUUGAAAAAAGGUGGAAUGCUAGCAUUCCAGAAGGAAUUGGACGGCAAUGAGAAUGAAUACCUGGAUAAUUACUUACGAGACGCAAGUAUGUAUUCUCGAGUGGUAAUCUUGUGUGUCAGAGGUUCUCUAGUAAGGAAAUUCAUGUUAGUUGCUCAUGAAUUAGGAAUGACUAGAGGAGACUGGACAUUUUUGGAUGUUGAAAUUUUUCAGGGUUCUUAUUGGGGUGAACAUGACUGGAAAGCUGGAGAUACUGAAGAUUCCUCUGCGAGAAAAGCAUAUGAAGCUCUACUCCGUGUUUCUUUGCUCCAACCGACAAACGACAAAUUUCAAGAUUUUGCUGAUAAGGUGAAACAGAGAUCAUCUGACGAUUACAAUUAUACGAUAAGCGAAGGCGAGGAGAUCAACUUCGUCAUCGGAGCUUUUUAUGAUGGGGUUUAUUUAUUGGGAAUGGCACUGAAUGAAACUCUUUUCGAAGGAGGAGACAUCAGAGAUGGUAGAGGUAUAACGGCCAGAAUGUGGUACAGGGAUUUUUUAGGAAUAACAGGUCAUGUUCGUAUAGACGACAAUGGUGAUAGGGAUGCCGACUAUUCGAUUUUGGACCUGGAUCCAAUAACGGGCAAAUUCGAAGUCGUUGGCCACUACAAUGGUUUGAACAAGAAUUAUUCUCCUGUUCCCGGAAAAAAGAUACACUGGCCAGGAGGAAAAGAAGGUCCACCACCGGAUGUACCUCGAUGUGGAUUCAAAGAUAAUAGCCCUGACUGUCAAAACAAUGAUUAUAUGAUGGUACUUUACGGAUCUUUCGCCUUUGGAGUUUUUAUGGCGUUUUCUUUCACUCUAGUAUGUGUUCGCAUGUACAAGCAUAUGAAAGCGGCCGCUGAUUUGAACAAUAUGUCCUGGAGGAUUAGACCCGAAGAGGUUCAUUUAGAAUCAGGAAAGACGUUUGGAUCAAAAUUAGCAAUUCAGAAACUGUCAGAGACAUACGGUUUAACGAGUUGCAGGGCAUCUUUAACUUCCUGUACAUCAUUACAAGCUACUAAAAUAUUUACUACAGUUGGAGUUUACAGAGGUAGUCGUGUGGCGAUCAAAAAAAUUAUCAGAAAAAAAGUUGAUAUUAGUAAGAAGCUAUUGUGGGAGAUCAAACAGGUGAGAGAUGUUACUCAUGAAAACACAGUUAGAUUUAUCGGGGCUUGCAUCGAAUCCCCUACCAUACUCAUAUUGACGGAAUACUGCCCCAAAGGCAGUUUGAAAGACGUCCUUGAAAAUGACGACAUCCAUCUUGACUGGAAUUUCAGGAUGUCUCUAAUUUAUGACAUAGUGAAGGGUAUGAGCUAUUUGCAUAACUCUGAAGUAUCAGUUCACGGAAAACUACGGUCCCAUAAUUGUUUGAUUGACGGAAGAUUCGUUUUGAAAAUAUCAGAUUUUGGACUCGUCUCGCUUACUACGCCGUUAGAAGUCACUAAAGAUGAAAAGUAUUUCAAAAAAAUGUUAUGGGUUGCACCAGAAUUGUUGCCACUGACAGUAAUUCCAGGAUCACCAGCCACCCAAAAAGGAGACGUUUACAGCUUUGGAAUAAUUUUGGAAGAAAUUAUUGUACGAGGAGGGCCUUUUGAAGCAGCUCGACAAUUUCUGGAACCUCACGAAAUAAUAGCUAGAGUGGCGUCUCGUGAGAGUCCUCCAUUUCGUCCAGCAGUGACUCUAAGAGAUUGUCCUGAAGAACUAGUGGAAUUAAUGGAAAAAUCAUGGAAUGACAACCCCGAAGACAGACCUUCAUUCGAUACAAUUCGUCUUAAUUUACGAAAUAUAAUGAAGUGA